GGUUGAGUAGUUUUUGAAUUACAGAAUGUUAUUGAAAUGAUACAUUAUAAUGUACAAAAAAUUUGAUCAAUUCGCUUCACCCAAAGUUCUAAAAAAAAUUUCGCAGGAAAGUUUUUUUUGCGCGCUGAAACCCUUACCCCUCCCUUAAGAACAAAAAGUAGCAAUAUACCAUUGAAAUUCAACUUGUAAUUAUAUGUCUGUCUACAGGGGUGUACCUGGCGGAUCACUUGUGGUGCAUUUUUAAAAAUCAGCGAAAUUAAAUGCAUUUAUUUCCAUCAAAAUAGAAAUUCAUGAUGUAUUUUGCGUUGCGUGUAAGACGUCAAAACACUACAAAAAACUGUAGGGCUAUUCAAUAAAACGUCGAACAAAGUCAAUUAGCGUAGAACGUUUGUUAAACAAACUUUUUUUUGCGAGGGAAUGCAAAGUUGAUGUAAAAAUAGAAAUUAAUUGCAUUUUUUUUAUUUUUUUUUGUUUAUUUGACACGGCUCAAUGCGUUAGCAUAACUGAGCCGUGGGUCUUUUUCGAUUUUUACAAUAUGUAGAAAUUAACAUUAACUUUCAACUGUCCAUAGGGAUUUGUUAACGCAGCUUGCUGCUGCGUGUUGAGGUCACUUCCUUGGUGGUUAGACAUUAAGCGCGUUGUCUGCCGCACCUUGGGGUCAUUCGGUCCGUCUUCUUUCGCGUUUUCGUUCACGUCCAUGUCGUCAUUCAUGAUACUCACGGUCGGAUGUUCUUGUUUGAUUCUUGUACUUCCGGGUCGCUGUUGUAAAUCUUUCUUCAUCGGUGUUUGAUUCUAUUGGUGGUGUUGGUUGUUGGUUUGGAGACAUUUGGUGUAAUCGUUGUUACUUCGAUGUUGGUAAUGGCGGUUGGUUUAGUGGUACUGGGCCCGAUAGUUGUUGAGUUGGUGUUUGUUACUGCCUGGUCCGCAGUCAUUGGUUUACCAACCGGUUGUAGUUUAGUAUACGAUGACUGUAUACUGGCUUUGUUUGCAGCCGAAGGAAUUUCCUUAACAGCCUCUGCGCAAGGUUUUCCGUGGUAUAGCGGCUGAUCGCAAUAUUGGCACGUGGGAAUCUGCCCUGGGAACAUGACUAUUGUUCGUUGAGAAUAUGCAAUACCUUGAGGUGAUCUACCUGAGAUGGUCAAGUAGGAUAUGCCGGUCGCAUUCUUACUACACGAACGGCAUUUCGAAGUAUUUUCCUUAACAUUUUAUUGAAAAGACAAUCGGCACAUUUCAUAAAGACCACUGAUGUAAUCGAAUUUCCAUUUGAUUGCUUAUUUUCAGGCAUUCCGCCAACUUACCCCAUAAAUACCCUCAGCGAUUAUCUUCAGCUCUAAAAAUUUACUGCAGUUUGUUUAAAUAGAGACAAACCUCUCCUGAAAAAAUAAAGUAAACGUAUAAAUGUGGGACACACUGUAUACGAAAAUGCUGCAUGUUGUUUCACAAAACAAAAAAUUCUGCUGUGGUAGUGAUAUUGGUUCUGAACAUAAUCAGUGCAUUGUGUCUAAUAUGCUUGAAUGACAGGGUGCGAACAUCUACCACAUUGAGCUCCAUAUUCACUAUUAAAACUAUUUGCGACACUUUCUGUUAUUGCUAGGGGUUAUUGUGCGGGUGUUGUUAAAUUGUAUUUUUUUGCAUUGUAUGUUUCAGUUUCCAGAGUUUUUCGGAACUUCCUCUGGCCAGUGUACAGAGCAGUAGUAAUACUACUGAAGGCUACAUACUACAGAUGGAAGAAUUAAUGGAGAAACUGGAUCAGGAGACCCUUCGCGUAUUGGAAGGUAAUGUUAAUGUUCAUAAAACCAUAUUGAUCUACAACUUAAAAACAAAAUCCAUCAAACGAAAGGUUUUCGAUGCCAUAUUCCGGAAUGCAAUCUUCUCAUCCCAGGUCACGUAGACGAAUUGAAACAGCAUUUCAUAACAAUUCAUAAACUGAAAACUACAGUUCCUAAUGAUCUACCAUUUCGAUGCUCAGUUUGUGGUAAAACAAAUACCUAUUUCAAAGAUUUACGAAAACAUUUAAUACAAUUUCAUCCAAUAAGUCAUGAAGUUGAUAUGGGAACUAAUGUUUGGAGACACGAUGAUACAAAUGAUGUUGCAAUCGAAGGAGGUUCCAGAGCCAUGGGUAUAGGGAAAAUUACUAACUCUGGUUUUUUUCUUAAAGCCUGUUUCAUUAGAGGAAAUGUACGAAUCGGUAUCAGAUUUAAUUACAGAAAUGCGAUGUGACGUGGCACUCACAGAAACCAAAAUACAGUCUUUUAUGACGUGCAGCAAAAACAUGAUGGAUAAAUAUAAUCGAUUCAUCAUUGGGUUAAUCAACAAUUUUGUUCUUUUGAAAGGCUUGAAUUGCAACGAUGAAGCUAUUAUCAAUUUGAUUAAUGGUUGUGAACUUCCCAAUCUUUUUGUUGAUGUUCAAUCCUUUGAGCGAAACCUGGCAUUUCUAUCGGGAAAGUUUAAAUGCGCCAUACCCGAACCACGAGAAAUUGUUUUGGGAAAAACAAAAAAAACAACAAUAGUAAGGCUAGGAAGAACGGUACGGCGUUUUGGACGAUCAUGCCGAAAGGCACCGCUUGUUAAAAAAAAUAUUAGUAUAUCUAAAGACCGGGCACACUACAUAUCGAUCCGAGAGACAUUAGCGUUUAUUAUGCAAAAUACAACAGCUCGACAGAUGAUUGAUGAUGAGCAUUCUAGACUGGAUGGAACUCUGUGUGGGUUUAAAGAUGGAAAACGUUUUGGAAGUCAUGAAUUUUUAACGAAAUAUCCCAAUACUAUCAGACUAUCUAUGCACAUUGAUGAAGGCGAAUAUUUAAACCCUUUAGGCUCGCGUAAAGGUAAUAAUAAAUUGACAAAUAUAACUUUUAAAAUCCAAAACUUUGAUCCGAUUAUUAAUUCAUCAUUGGAUCGCGUUUACAUUGCAUUAAUGGUUCACUCAAAAGUAAUUAAAAAGUAUGGAUACAAAAAAGUAUUGGAACCUCUUGUUGAAGAUCUGAAAAUGUUAUCUGCCGAGAAUGGAGUUGUUAUUCAAAUAGGAUCUGAGGCCGCAUACACAUUACGAGCUUUGGUAGUCAAUGUGCUUGGUGACACUAUGGCUAUUCAUGAUGUAUUUGAACUUAUGCCUCCACAAUCAUCAUUAUUUUGCAGGAUGUGCUACAUCGAAAGGAACUUUUUUCUAUCCGGAUCAUAUGGUGAAGUUGCCACAAUUAGAACUCCCGAGAGCAUUGCAUCAGAUCUUGUUGCAAUAUGCAACAAAACCAAAAAACCAAAUGAAGUUGGAAUAAAGCAAAGGUCAAGCUUGCAUGAUAUUCCAUUUUUUCACAUUGCAAAUAAUUUCACUUUCGACCCCAUGCAUGAUUUGUUGGAAGGUGUUGUUAGUAUGGUGAUAAAAUUAAUUUUACAUAAUGUUGUAAAUGUCAAAAAGUUAAUUUCCAUUUCCGACGUUAACAAUAGAAUAAAGCAAUUCCAUUAUGGAGAUGCAGAAUCUAGCGACAAACCAUCAUCAAAUUUUACAAUAGACAAACUCAAAGCUAGAUCAAAUGCAAUAGGACAAUCAGCGGCUCAAACUUGGACACUUUUGCGUUCAUUUCCAUUUUUGUUUUGGGAUGUGCUUAACAAUGCCGAGCAAUAUGUACAAAUAAUAGGUCAUCUUUUAAAAAUAACGUACUAUUGUUUCUCGUAUCAACUGAAGCAAUCUAUGCUAAGCGUUCUAGACGAUGCAAUUUGCAAUUUUUUCGUCUUAUUUAAAACUUGUUUUCCUUUAUCAGACCCUAUCAAUAAAGUGCAUCAUCUUGCGCAUUAUAAACGAGUUAUUGAUGAAUGUGGUCCAAUUGCCAAUUUUAGUUGCAUGCAGUUUGAAGCCAAAUUUAAAGAGUCUAAGAAUCAGUCAAAGACAUGCAACAACUUUAAAAAUUUGACAUACAGUUUGACAAAACGUUUGAAUUUGCGGCAAAUUUAUGGUAUACAUCAUCACAAUUACGAUUUGAGAAAAACUGAUAUUUUUUCGAUGGUUGAAAUAGAGAAAGAUUCCUUGGAUUACGCCCUGCUUAUAUUUGAUCUUCCAAAAACGGUAUCAACAAUCAGACAUAUGAAAAUAAAUGGCACCAGUUUUAAACCAGGCCUAGUUGUCAAAUAUAAUAUUUGUGAACAAAAUGAAUUCGGGCUGUUAAAAGCAAUUAUUCUAUCAAACGAUGAUAAAAUUUGCAUACUUCAAAAGUUAAACUGUUUACGUUUUUGUUCUAAUUCUUUUAGUUACAUUGUAGAAGUGGAAGAACAAAAUAUUCGUGUUUCAUGUGCAAAAUUACUUACUCGCAAGACUUAUAGCUUAUGGCGGUGUUUUGACAGAGAAGAGGAAUUCUUUUAUAUUAGCGUAAAAUAUGUCGAUGAAUAAAUAUUCUUCCAAAUCGUUCUCUGUUAACGAAGCCUUACAUCUUCGAGUUCCAUCACAAAGUAGUUUAAUAAUUUAAAAGAUAGGUUAGUUAUAUCGGUAAAGAUUUAUCUCUAUCUUUUUCGAAAUUAACACACAUAAUAGCACGAAUGGAGCAUUUAACUAUCUCUUCCAAAUACCUUUUAAAAAAUUGCAUGCUUUUAUGGCUAAUCACUCUUGAACGGUAGAAAAUUAAUUUUGCGGUGAGUUGGAAAUAAUGAAUCACUGUUCGAGGAAUAAAUAAAGAAUGAGAAAGAAAUACUGUGCUAGAUAGAUGGAAAAAGUGACAAAUUAAUUAGAAAAUAUCAAAUUUGAAUGAAGCAUGAUACUACUAGUGAUAAUGGUGAAUAAUAGAUCAGUUUUAUAUUCACUGCAAAAUAGAUUAACUCAACUUAACCUAAUCCAUUUAUUUGAAAAUAUUUAUUAAAACAACAACAUUUUUAGAUGAACAGAUUAACGAUCACUCUUUGCUGGAACUGUAUGAAUCGCACCUAACCAGUAUGGGAAUCACAAGACAUGGUCCGCGUCUGAUAAUCCUUGGUGUUAUUCAGAGAAAGAAAAAACAGAUUGAACUUGCAAACAGGCCAUCCACUUCCACAGGGUUUGCUCCUUCGAAUGCUUCUAAACUCUCGGUUCGUGAACUACUUCAAUCUGACAAACUUUUCGCGCAGAAGAUACUUUAUCGUCAGCUCGAUCGACAGCAGGUUCCUGAAAGAGAACACCUUUGUUGGAUGGUAAGAGUCUUAUGUCGUCCAUGGUACGACACGAUUCUCGAGGAAAAAAGAUACCCGUCAGUUCAAGAAAAGAAAGACUUAGCUUUGAUGAUUUUACAUGCCUUUCCACAUUUGAAAACAACUGCGGUUGAAGGUGGAAGCGAAGAGACUGGUUUUUUUUACGAGAAUGGCGGUAAGGGAAGUGGACAUGAGCAUACCGGUUAUAUCCAGAGACACAUUCGAAACUUGGCUAACAAAGUACCGUCUGAGCUUAAAAAGUAUAAGCGGCGUAAGGUACCCCAGGUGGAAGAUCCUGAAAUGGUCAGGGCCGCUGAAAAAUGUGCCAAAAAGGAAGCAUCGACUGCCAACUUCACAUUUAUUCGAGAUACUAUGGUCGAAUGUAGUAAACUGCACUUGACGCUGAUUGAUCGAAAGAAAAGUGCCAACGAGAUCAUGGCUGUUUUUCCUCAUUUUCGUUCGUAUAGUGGCAAACUGAUUUAAAUAUUUUACGAGGGAAUGCACGACAACUACAGCAAGAACAUAGACCUCAAAAACAUUUUUGCUAAAGGUCUAUUGUUCGGUAAAAGUGCGUUCGAGAGGGUAGAGGAUGAUAAUCUAAGGGGAUGUCUUCGUGUAAUGCUCAAGCUUAAUAAUAAGGGCAUCAAACGAAAUUCCAGCGGAGUAUCGAUUGAGGAGGAUCUUGCUGCGCCGCUUAUUAGGUGGAUCCCGAAUACGCCACGUCGCUUGGAGCUCUCAUUUUGCAUGCGUGACUGAGGAGCCAAAGAAAAAACAGAUUGAACUUGCAAACAGGCCAUCCACUUCCACAGGGUUGCUCCUUCGAAUGCUUCUAAACUCUCGGUUCGUGAACUACUUCAAU